AUGGAGAUGAUGGACAUGUACAACAAAAUAUCGCCACAAGAAGAGAACCCUACGCGGACGUUACAGCCACCACCGCCAGCUCCUCCACAGAGACAGAGCGCUUGGAUGAACUUCUGCGUAGGGUUCUUGAUGGUAUUUUCUAUCUUCAGCAUCGGCAGGGAAAUCAAGCAACAAUUUGAUCACAGGCCCAGCCUGAGUAACCAGGUAGCCGUGAAUCGGGAUUUGGAAUCAUGGAGCCAGGCUCUCGACUCCAUCGUUGCACCCGAAACUGCCGAGGCUAUCGGAAAUGAUGCCAGGCUGAAGCGGACCCUCAUGUCCAUGGUCGAGUUCACUGUUGAUCUCUCCGACCAGCUGGCUGCUCGCUACGAAUCACCCCGGCUUCAGGAGACGAAGGAGGCAUUACAGGAGUACAAGAAAAUAAUUGAGAGAAGCCUUGGGGACCUGGAGGGCGACGAUGCUAAGAGCGGCAGCGGAACGGAGCCUGAGAAACGCCAGCUUCCGGGCUUGGGCGGCCUCUUUGGUGGCAUAGGUGGCGGAGGUGGCGGUGGAGGAAACAUGUCUGCCGGCAUCCUCAGCGGCCUUCUCCAGCCCCUGACCGACGGCCUCAAGAACAUCGGAAGCCAGCUGGUCCGCAAUCUCGACGGACCAGGCAUGUUCCUGGGCAUAGGGAUCGGCGCCGGCGCCGCCCAAGGGCUAAACCUGUCGACGGAGGCCAAGACCAUGGAGGUGGCGGCCAAGGUGGCAGCAGACAACAAGAUGGAGGCGACCGGCCUGAACCCCGCGAUCCAGAACCUGGGCGUUGGUCUCACAGCGACCAUCCUGGGAUCCGUAGACCUGUCCAGCCUAUCCGGCGUGGGAGGGAACUUGACACUGCAGCUCCAGCCCAUCGCCCUCUCCCUCGCAACGGGCAUCGGGAACGGCACGGUGGCCGGCCUCAAGCUCAACCCCAACGCCGCGAAUCUCGAGCCCGUCAACGACUCUAGCCUCCCCAACGUCCUCGGAACCUUUGGUUUUGGGCUCACCAAGACGCUGACCUCCAACAUAGACACGUCCAAUCUCUUGAGCAAGGCCAACAACCCCGGCCUCACGCGCCGGCUCAUGGAGAUCCUCCCCGCCGCCGCCUCGGGUCUCGGUAAUGGUUUGGGCGAGGGCGCAACGGUCGGUCUCGGCCUGCAGCCCGACGAGGCGGUGGUCAUGAAGCAGAUGCCAGACGGCUCCAUCGACUUUGGCGGCAUCACGCAGACCUUCGCCAAGGCCUUGACAAAUAGUCUCUUGCGGAACGGCACCGCGAACGAGCUUCUCAAAAAGGUCAACUUGAGCGGCAGCGACACGUCACGCCGCAUCAUGGAGAUCCUCCCCGCCGCCGCCUCGGGUCUCGGCAAGGGCCUGGGUGAGGGAGCAACGGUCGGUCUCGGCCUGCAGCCCGACGAGGCGGUGGUCAUGAAGCAGAUGCCAGACGGCUCCAUCGACUUUGGCGGCAUCACGCAGACCUUUGCCAAGGCCCUGACGAGCAGCUUCCUGCAGAACGGCACCGCGAACGAGCUCGUCAACAAGGUCGGCAGCGCCGCCAAGUCAGCCGUGAACGGCGGUGGGAUCCCAAAGACCAUCGACAUCAACGGCCAGACGGUCGAGAUCAGCAAGGCUGCCCAGGGCUUCGCCCGCGGCUUCCUCCAGGCCGCCGGCGACUCCAUCCAGAGCAUGGGUGGCGUGCAGUCCCUCUUCGAGGGCAACGCCACGAUCCCCACGGGCCCGCCGCCGGACUCCAAGAUCGACUUCGACGACACCAUCGGCGGCGCCGCCACCGGAUUCGGUUCCGGGAUCGGCGGGCAGGGUGUCGUCGUUGUCUACGGCCUGAUCAAGUACCCGCACGGCACGAACGCGACCGCCGCAGGCGCCGCCCCAGCACUUCUGGCCACGAGCGCGCCCGCUGCCCGCCGUGACUUGGAGCUCGUCGGCCGCCAGCGCCCCCCGCCCAUCGUCUCCGUCGACACGAACAACGGGUUCAACCUCUCCGUCGUCAUCAAUGCCCAGACGGUCUCCGCGGCCGCCCAGGCCGGCGUCAACGCCCUCUCCUGCCAGGGCAUCGGCGGGUUGGGACUCAUCGGCCUCGGCCUGAUCCGUAGCAAGACCAUCGCCCUCGACAUGAUCAGCGGCGGCGGUGGUGGCAGAAAUAGCAACAUCACAAAGGUCAUCAAGCAGGUCAUCCCCACCGGCACCAUCAAGAUCGCCAACGAGGGCCACUUUUACGCCAUCGACGGCGGUAUUCUUCGUGAUUCGCUGGACGGCAGCAUCACCAACGCCGCGAACGCCAUCGAGAUUAACGGCGCUAAAUUGCCGAGCUGGAUCGCGUUCCUCGUCAUUCACAUUCUUUUCGCCAUCGUAGCAUACAUCAACGUCCUUCCUCUGGCCAUCGGUCUCGAGCAUCUGAGGAGCCUCCUCCUCCGCGUCAAUGUACCGCAAGCCCUGCCCAAAGUCCAAAAAUGGAACAACAUCAUGUGGCUCUUCGUCAUGGGCCCCUCGGUCCUGCUCGUUUUCCUCUUCGGCGCGCUCGUCACCGCCAAGUCUGCACACUUCCGUACCGCCCACGGUGUCAUCAGCCUCAUCGCAACACUCGUCGGCCUGGGUGCAGUCCUCCUCCACCUCGUAGUCAAGGCCCGCGCACCACCCGAACUCCCCAGAUCUACCGGCUCUCCGCCGCCCCCGUUGCCCCUCACGAGCCUACCCAACAUCCGCCUCAUGGUGAACCAGCUCUUCCUUGCCCUUUCCUUCGCUUCCGUCAUCACGGGCUUCGCGGGCCUGAGCUCUGUGGCGCUGUGCUUUACGCAGAUCGUCCCCUUCGACCUCGCGCUUGUCAUCGGCUUCGGCUUGUCAACGGUCUUUGUCUUGGGCUCCUCGAUCUCGGGGCUCGACCUUGCGCUUACCGUGCGUGACAUCAUGAAGCGGAGAAAGGGCGGCACGGCUGGCUCCUCUGAAGCCGUUGAGAGGGGCGACGGUGGGUUGCAGGGCAAGAUCUCGGCGCCCAAGAUUGUGGAGAGCAACAAGGAGAAGGGCAAUUUUUUGUAA